UAGUUGUUUUCCCGUAUCCAGCCCCCGGGAAAAUGGCCGCCGCCGCCGCCCGCCCCCUCGUCACCGUGCAGUCCCUGGAGAACGAUAUGGCCACCGACGGAGGAGCCGCAGCCAACUGCCUGCCUCUUCCUGACGUAAUGAAAGCCGCUAUCCGCCCCGACAUCGUCACGUUCGUGGACGGCCAGAUCUCCAACAACGCCCGGCAGCCUUACGCCGUCUCCAAACGCGCCGGCCACCAGACCUCUGCCGAGUCCUGGGGUACCGGCCGUGCAGUCUCCCGUAUCCCCCGUGUACCCGGCGGUGGUACCCACCGCGCCGGGCAGGGAGCCUUCGGCAACAUGUGUCGCGGCGGACGAAUGUUCGCUCCGACGAAGAUCUGGCGCCGCUGGCACAGAGCUGUCAAUGUCACGCAGAAGCGCCACGCCGUCGUUUCGGCGAUCGCGGCUUCCGCUGUACCUUCUUUGGUCCUUGCUCGCGGACACAAAAUCGAGGAGGUUCCUGAAUUGCCUCUUGUUGUUUCCGAUUCCGCUGAGGCUGUAGAGAAAACUAGCGCCGCGCUGAAAAUCCUCAAGCAAAUCGGAGCAUUGGCCGAUGCCGAGAAGGCGAAGGAUAGCCAAGGUAUCCGCGCCGGAAAGGGGAAAAUGCGCAAUCGCCGCUACAUUUCGAGGAAAGGACCGCUGAUUGUCUACGGAAAUGAAGGAUCGAAGCUGGUGAAGGCCUUCCGCAAUCAAGAGCGCUAG